ACAGUGGUCCCCGAGGACCGAGUUUGAGAGCGACUGAUCUAAACGGCGCUUCAAUUGUAGAGGUGAAACAUCCAGGUUUACUAAGUCAAAAUCCUCCCCAGUAUUUUGUUCCAAUCUCCUGGAUUUGCUAAUUAGUACAAUUCUUCCACGAGGAGGUAGAUUUAAUUUGUGAAAUCAGUGGGCCGAGUUCAUGGGUGGAAGUCUUCGUGGGACAGAAAAAAGUUCUCACUAUGUCUGAUGGGGAAUAUGACUACCUCAUAAAGCUCCUGGCACUUGGCGACUCUGGAGUGGGCAAGACCAGCUUCCUUUACCAGUAUACAGAUGGCAAGUUUAACUCCAAAUUUAUUACAACUGUUGGAAUAGACUUCAGAGAGAAAAGAGUGAUGUACAAAUCCGGUGGUCCAGAUGGGAAUUCUGGGAGGGGACAGAGGAUUCACCUCCAGCUGUGGGACACUGCUGGGCAGGAGAGGUUUCGGAGUUUGACAACCGCUUUCUUUCGAGACGCCAUGGGUUUCCUCCUCUUGUUCGACCUCACGAAUGAGCAGACUUUCCUCAGUGUCAGAAACUGGAUGAGUCAGUUACAGAUGCAUGCCUAUUGUGAAAGUCCAGAUAUUGUGUUGUGUGGUAACAAAUGUGACCUGGAAGGCCAAAGGGAGGUGAAGGAGGAGGACGCCCUGGAACUAGCGGAGAAAUUUGGAAUUCCGUACUUUGAGACAAGUGCGGCCAAUGGGCGCAAUGUAAGCCAGGUGGUGGACGUCCUGCUGGACCUCAUCAUGAAGAGGAUGGAUCGCUGCGCGGACAAGUCCUGGAUCCCCGAUGGCACAGUGUGGUCCAACGGGCAUAACUCCACAGAGAAAAUCACGGAAGACCAGAACCAGAACCAGGACCAGGGAAAGUGUGGCUGUUAGAGUGGAGCAAUGGCAGUAGCAGGACUAUAGCUCUCCCCUAAUGCUCAAAGGAGAGGGGAUGGAGAGGAGGAGGGGGGGGGGGAGCAGGGGAUUUGGAGCAGAUGACCCAAUUACCAAAUGUUUCAUCUGAGGUUUUUUUUUUUGUUUAGAAAAAAGCCAACAAAAUGAGGAUUUGUGUGAAGUAAUGUAUUCACUUUCCUUGUUACUACAUGUUGCUCCCAGUGUAUUUAUCGGCACAUUGUGGAAUCUUCUGCUUACUAGAUGAGUAUUACUGUGGCUAUCCACUAAGGAGUUCUUAAUUCAUUAAUUCAGUGCACAAUUAUAGCAUAUGGUACAUUGCAAGAUGCCUUUAAAAAAUUUUAAUUUUAUGCUCAGUUUAGAAAGCAAUGCCCCAAUGUGGAACGCAUCUGUGGUUAAGGAAGCAAGUCAUGCACAUCAUGGUGCCAUUAUAGAGUAGCAUUUGUUGUGCACAUGGUCCUUAUUUCAACAGGUAACCAAGGUAACCUUUAUGUGCUCUGUGCAGUUGGCUUGGCACAAGUGCAUAUUUACAUAAAAUUGCAAUUCAGUCUGAAAUAUUUCAUGCAUGAUUAUGAAUAUUGUAAUCAAGGAAAUCACUCAAUCAGUUGUGAUAAUCUAGUAAUGCAUUUGGGUUUAAAAAUCAUAUGUAUUUUAAUGAAGUUUGGGGAAAGUUGUUCAGUUUCUGUACUGAAUUUCAGCGCAAUGUUCGAGAAUGCUGCUUUGUCUACCAUGUAGCUAAAAUCUACUGUAUUGUCUCUAACACUGUAUGAAUGCCAAAAACAUACUCAAUGCCAAAUAUAAUAUAGAGCUAAUAUUUUUAUCCAGAAAAAACAUUUUAUUUAUUUGAAUAAAUAUUGUUAAGUCACAUUCUGUUUUCACUGAACCCUGCUACAGCUUGAAUGUCUUUUUCCUUUCUGGUAUAAAUACCUGACGCCACCAUCUAUGGUAGAUUUGUGUGACUGAAAUGAAAUCCACAUGAUGAAUGUGCCAGUAUCUGUUAUUAAAUAGGACACAAGGCUACGGUUAUAGAUAUGUUUGCACUUGAUGGCUCAGAAAGGAGCCCAGAAAUAUAAUAACUGUUUUAACCACAUCAUAACCACACAAGCAUUUCUUCGUCUCUAUUUAAGGGUUUUUAAUGUAUGCAUAAAUUGUGUUGCAGUAAUGAUCCUAUAUUAUAUUUCCUGUGUGUGCUUCUUUUAGUCUUCUUUUUUUGUCAUGUGAUCAUCACUGUUGGACAGUGACCAAGUAAAGAGAAUGAGUAAAGCAACGAGCAAGCAUUAAAACAAGGAAUGUUUUUUAUAAAAGACACAAUCUUAUACAUUAGCCAAUGUUAAUGUAUAGUUGUAUCUGACAUGAAAGCCACAUUGAUAGCUCUUUGUAAGUGUUUUUUUUUUUUAGAAUUGUAUCCAUUGGUUUAUUCAUCAAGCAUGGAAUAAGCUGAAGCUUGCUUUUUGGUGAAAAAUGUUCUAGCCAUAUCACUGGUUCUACACUAGGUGAGGGAAUCACUGUUUUGCAAUAUGCACAUUUGACACUUUUUUUAGAGACUUUUAUCGUUUUUAGUGAAUAUAAAAAGAAUGGUUUGGUUUGUACCAAAUCAAAUAUAUUGAAUUUCCUAUUGCACAGGCAUGUUUUCACAGGUAGCUACAUAUUGCUGCACCAUGCCUAGACCUGUUACUAUAUUGUGCAAAUCUAUUCAGUUAGAUUGCCGUUCAGUGCUUAAGAGUAUGACCCAGGUUUUUGUACUACAAAUAUAUUUUGCAUGAAAUGCUUGUUUCUUAAACUUAAUGAUUGUGUCCCAUUCCCUUGAUAUUUUGAAUACAACAAACCCUUUACCAUAAGGUCACUGUACUGUAUUUUCACAACGUAACUGGGCAAUUCCAAAGAAAACAGUAACCUUGGGCAAUAAUUGUUUAAACAUUGUAUGCUGCAAUAAACGGUUCUUUGGAAUAAGGUU